AUGGAAUACAAACUUCCAAAUCAUUCAGACUCGUUUAUCUCAGAUCCGCUCUCUGUUCUCGACUCUGACGGACUCGAGGUUUCCUAUUGGGCGUUUCUCACCACUUUGCUGGAUCCCAUCGCUUCAAGUAGAGUCAAACUAAGCCAUCAGACCCAUAGGGAUCUCGUCUUUGAAGAUAAGACUCGAGAACCACUCACGGCGAGCGAGAUAUACAAGCAUUUCACGAAUGCAAUCGAGACUAUUGCAUACUCCCUCACUGGUAGCGGGAAUUCGGACAAUUCCCUCCUACUCGCGUAUUGGCCAGACCCUCUCUCGCCGCAGUUGGUGCAGCGUAUCGUUCACGCAGCACUUCAACUCCCUACACUUAUACCAGAAGGAUAUCUACCUGUACUGGGACGGUCAUUGGGCGCGCAAUACUCCGGCUCACCUACGAUUCAGCAGGUCGUUACUCUAACCACCGAACAAGUGGCGUGUAUCGUCUGCCACAUGGUUCUGGGAACGCUGCCUAAGCCACCGUGGGCUACAAUAUCCGUCGAAGAAGGAGGUGGAUUCUCCUGGGACGGACCCAACCUCUCGCCUGCCUGGUUUGCUGACGACGGAAGAGGCAGCAAGGAGAUCAAGUCAGCGUACAUUCGGGUUUUACUCGCUUACUUGGAUGCUACGCUUCCCGUCCCUCACUCUUCGGAUACUCCUGGCCGCAGAGGAGUGGAUUGUAUCACAUACCAGAUUGUGGAAGGUAACUUCAAGGAGACUCGUGAUAGAGGAGAGGAAAUUGAAAUGGAAUCUGGAAAUGAAUUAGUUGAUAUAUUGACCAGCGUGCUUUCUGAAAAGCCAGAAGGGGUCUUUAGCACACAUACUCUUGUCCCGCUGCGGAUCAUACUGCUCGAACAAGAAGAGGAUGAUGAUCACGAGGAGUGCUUUACCGUCGACAUUGCCAGUACGAUAGUCUGCCAACUCGUUUCAGCCAACUCGGAGAUUGGAUUUGGUCCGGCUGCCACACAGGAAGAACGUCUCUUCGGUGCCGUACCAACACUCCUCCCAGCUGUACUCUUUACUCCUCGCCUAAGGCCGACCCAGGGUCUCCUCGUCUCAGGAGAUGGAAUAAACGUAUUUGGUCACUUCAAGGGUCAUCUUCGCAGUGCCCGACUUGAGCGCAUCUACCCUAGACAAGCCGAGGGAGCUGAGGGAGGGUUGUUCCAUUCGCGCAAAGGGAGGCAGUUCCUAUUCCUGGACGCGCUCGAGAUGGAUGGCGAACUACAUGGCCGAGAUGCCGAACUCCCGCUCAUGGAACCGGCGAGCAUGGUGACUGGAACCGAUCUGGCAUCUGCGGUUAGCGCAUCACUCGAGCUCCGUUUGGCGGUGAAGAAGGCUUGGUGGGAGGCCCUCGAUGCAGAGUGGCGAAUGUUCCUUGAGAUGAUUCUCAAAGGCCAAAACAUCCGGACCAAGGCACCAGGAAGCAAUAUCGCUCCAUCACCGCCCCUGCCCUGGACAGUUGGCAUGCUGUGGACCAGGCUCAGGGCCAUGGAAAGGAGAUAG